AUGGCUCCGGAAGCAAGUUCUAAUGGGACUUCAGUACUUUGUAACAACUUCAAGAUGGUUGAGCUCAAUCAGUUGGAGAAUGGCCAAGAGAGACUUGAGAAUGCAUGCACAAAAGAUGGUUCACUUGAUCGCCAUGGAAAACCGGCUUUGAAAGGGAGGACCGGUGGAUGGAGAUGUGGAAUGUUGUUGUUAGUGAAUCAAGGACUGAUUACGUUGGCUUUUGCCGGGGUUGAAGUGAAUUUGGUUCUAUUCUCAAAGUCAGUUCUGAGGCACUCCAACGCAGAGGCAGCACAUACAUUUAGCACGUGGAUGGGAACUGUCUACUUAUUCUCUUUAAUGGGUGCAUUUCUUAGUGAUUCUUACUUGGGAAGAUAUAUAACUUGUGUCAUCUUUCAAGUUGUCUACAUAAUUGGAUUAAUAGUAUUGUCCAUGUCAGCCAACUUAUUUCUAAUAAGACCUCAUGGCUGCGGCAAAAUUGGCGAGGUAUGCGAGCCGCAUAAACCACUUGAAAGCGCAAUCUUCUAUAUGUCAAUAUACCUUAUUGCAUUGGGAAACGGAGCUUCUGAGCCUGCACUGGCUACGUUUGGCGCAGACCAAUUCGACGAGGAAGAUCAGAAGGAAAAACGGUCUAAGGCCUCAUUUUACAGCUACUUUUAUGUGGCUCUAAACCUUGGAAGCUUGGUCGCCGAGACGAUUUUGGUUUAUAUAGAGAACAUGGGGUAUUGGGUAGUGGCUUUUUGGACUUGUACUAUAUCGGCUGUUGUUGGGUAUGUAUUUCUAUUAAGCGGGACUUUGAGAUAUAGACACUUCAAGCCUUCUGGGAAUCCCAUCUCUAGAUUCUCUCAAGUAAUAGUGGCUUCCAUGAGGAAAUUAAGUCAAAAUCUGCCCUCAAAUGAGGAAGAGCUUUAUGAAGUCCAUGGAAAAGAGGGUGAAACAAAUGGUAUGAGGAGGAUUCUUCACACCCAAGGCUUCAAGUUUCUUGACCGGGCUGCAAUAAUCAUGCCGGAGGACAUGAAACUGAUAAGGAAUGAAGCACGAACUCCGAAUCCAUGGCAUCUUUGCACAGUUACUCAGGUUGAAGAGGUGAAGUGUGUAUUAAGGCUCUUACCGGUAUGGCUUUGCACCAUCUUCUCCUCUGUAGUGUUCAUCCAAAUGCUCUCUCUUUUCGUGGAACAAGGAGCCGCCAUGAACAGAACUGUCUCAAACUUUCACAUCCCUCCAGCAAGCAUGACAGUAUUCGACAUUGUCAGCACAUCCGUCUUCAUCAUGCUGUACGACAAGAUCAUCGUUCCUUUAUAUAUCAAACUAACAAAACGAGAGCCAAAGAUUCCAAGUCCGCUGCAAAGGAUCGGAAUUGGCCUGACCAUUGCAGUACUUGCCAUGAUAAUUGCCGGCAUAGUUGAGCAACAAAGGCUAAGAUACACAACCAACUUCGUCAGAAAAGAGAUAAGCUCUUUGAGCAUUUUAUGGCAGACACCACAGUACGUACUCGUGGGAGUUUCCGAAGCUUUCGUAUAUGUUGCACAAAUGGAGUUUUUCGCUUCACAAACACCCGACGGGUUGAAAAGCUUAGGAAUAGGCUUGUCCAUGUCUUCUUCAGCUAUGGGAAGUUAUGUUGCAAGCACAAUUCUAACAAUUGUGAUGAAGAUUACUUCAAAGAAUGGGAAGCCCGGUUGGGUUCCUCCUAAUCUGAAUGAUGGUCAUCUAGAUAGGUUUUUCUUUGUGUCAGCUGCUUUGGCUGCACUAAACUUUCUGCUGUACGUUGUAUGCGCUAAGCGCUACAAGUCCAUAUCGUUGGAGAAGCGAGACGGGGCAAGUGAAAAGGAGGUCACAAAUUGAGCCUUGAAUCUCGCAGCUUCUUGCUACUUCUUCACAGGGACUGGUUUUAAGGGUUUCUGAAAGUUCUGUCGCAGCAAACUCACAAGUAAAUUGAGGAUAUCAAUUUCCUUAGCCAGAAAUAGUCGAGAAUUAACAAAAGAAUGUUAUAGUUCAAAGAUGAGGCCUUUUCAUG